UGGUUUCCUUUUUGGAUGCAAAGCACCUGUUUAUCGAAGAACAGUAUCAUGACAACUAGCAAUUGAAUGGCUCCCCCACCUUUUCCUUGCAGGUAAGUAUGUUUACAAGUGUGUGUGUGUCUGUGUGUGAGAGAGCGAAGGAGAGAAAGACGUAUGUGUUGAUGUAAAAGAAGAAAAAGAGGAAGGGCUACAUCCAUCUAUCGUGUGCUGCUUAUCAUUGUGGAUCUUGGCUUCUUUGACAUGUCCAUCAAAAGGCGGCCCUCUGUCACCAACGUUGACUUGCUACGGAUGGGUAUUCUUUUUCUCUCUUUCUCAUUGCACAUGUCUUUUUUCCUUACUCACACUUCGCCGGUACAUACAAGCCCAUUGCCAUAUUCCAUUCAAUUGCUGCUUUUCAUGUUAUCUGGUCUGUCGUUCAGGCUCGCUUUGUUUGUUUCCACAGUGUUUGAAAUGUUUUGUUGGUUGUGUGUGUGUGUGUGUGUGUGUGUGCUUAAUAGAAUAGCUCUUCCAGUUAGAUGCUCGUAUUUUAUUAUACCAUUUGACUUUUUGUCCAGUAAUAAAAAGUGACAUACAUAAUACAA